AUGAAAAAUUAUAUACUUCGAAAUGCUAAUAAAUGUAUUUCAAGUCUUUCCGGAGGUGUAGAAAAAACAUAUGCCAACUCACUAAUUAGUGAUAUUCGAGGAAAAUAUUUAUUUAACAGAACAAUAUAUACAAAUAAUGAAACAUACGAAGAUGAACGAGGAAAAAAAGUGUGCGAAAAUAUUAUAGAUGAUCAUAAAAAUAUAUGUACAGAAAGAAAAAAUAAUGUAGAACAAGAUGAAAUAUAUAGAGAAAAGCAAAAUGAGUUUACUAAAAUAUUUGAUGAAAACAAAUUUGAAAAAGAAGAUUAUAGCACAGUUAAAAUUAUAAAUAAAAACAAUACGGAUACUAGUGAAUUUUUGUUAAAUAAUGAAAAUUACUUAAAUUUUAUAAAUAAAUAUAACAAUAAUAGUAGUAGUAGCAAUAGCAAGGGUAAGGGCAACCGAUUUAGUAAAAACAAUUUACAAAUUGAAGAUACAGAAAAGAGUCUAUGGGAAAUUUUAAAAGAAAAAGAAGAAGAAUUAAAAAAUAAAAAAAAAUUAAAACUAUAUAAAAAAGAGCUUGACAAGAAAGCAAAUAAAGAAUAUGAAAAAAUUAUAAAAGAAGAAAAAUAUGUUAAUCAACAAAUUAAUGAUACACACAAAUUUAGAACAAAUGAUGAUAAAAAAAAAGAAGAAAUAAAUAAUAUAGAAAAAAAACAUAAAAAAAAAAUAUUGAAAAAUAAUAAUAUAUAUAAUGAUAUUGAUACAUUUUUAGAAGGAGAACACAAAUAUAUUAAUGAUAUAAAAUCUUAUGAUGAAAUAUAUGAUGAAAAUUCUAAAAAAAUUAAUAAUAAAUCAGUAGAUGAAUAUAAAGAAACAAAAAAAAAUGAUGAUAAUGAUUUUUGCUUAAAUAAUAUAAUUAGUGAAGAUAUGAAAAGACAUGUAGGAAAUUAUAAUAUUAAUGACUAUAGUAACAAAAACAAACAAAUAGGAAGUAAUAUAUUAAUUAAUGAUUUGAAUGUAAAAAAUAAAAAUUGUAAUCAAAUAUCUAAUGAUAAUUUAUUAAAUAAUCAAUUAUUUGUAGAGGAACUAAAUGAUAUAUCUGCAAAAAAAUGCAUAGAAAAAAUUAUCAUAAAAAAAGAAGACAAAUUAGUUGGAAAUGAUGAACAAAAUUUAAUAGAAAUAAAUGCAGCAGAAAUAGUAAAAAAAAUCGGAGGAGAAAAUCUAAGUACUAUUGUUGAUGGAAAUAUAGAUAACUUAAUAAUACAAAAAGAAAUAAAAAAAGAAAAAAAUGUAACAGGAUUAAUAAGUGUUAUAUAUAAUAAUUUAGAUAAUUGUGAUAAUAUAAAUUUAAGUAGUGGGUUAAUUAAAAUGUCUAAAAUUAUAGAUUCAUAUCAAAAACAAAGUAUAAUGAGAAAUCCUAUGUAUUUAAAUAUAAUAAAAAAAGUAGAAGAAAAUAUAAAUACUUUUGAAUUACCAAGUUUAGUACAAAUUUUUUAUGCUUUUGUUAAAAUAGAUCAUCUUCCUUAUUUUUUUAAUGAUAUAAUAAAUUGUAUAAAUAAUAAAUUAGAUAAAGCUGAACCUAAACACAUUUCUAGUAUAUUAUAUAGCAUAAGUAAUAUACUAAUUGAAACUAAUGAGAGUAGAAUUUUAAAAAUGAAAGUUAUAGAUAUUGUUAAAAAUAAUAUAAAAAAUUUUAAUUGCCUUAAUGAUGUUAUAUGCUUACUCACUUCACUAUCAAAACUAAAAUAUAAAGAUAUAUAUGUAUAUUAUGAGCUUUCUAAAAAAAUAGAAGAAAAUAUGAAUGAAUUAAAUAUGAAAAAUGUUAGUAAUAUAUUAUGGUCUUUUAGUAAUAUCAAUUAUACUAGUAAAUUAAUAAAAAAUAUGAAAAAAAUAAUUGAAAAAAAUAUAAAUAAUACUAAUUAUAUAGAUAUAAUAAAUAUAAUAUAUUCAUUAGUUAAAUUAAAUGAAUAUGAUGAACAUUUAUUUAAUGAUAUUUUUCCAAAUUUUAUUAAUGUUUAUAUACACAAUAUGAAUAUGAAGAAUUUAUGUAUGAUUUUAUGGUCCUAUACAUAUGCAAAUAUUGAUAACCCAGAUUUAUAUAUAAAUAUAUUAACUAAAAUUAAUGAGAAUAUAAAAGAUAUUACUACUAAAGAUAUAAUAUCUAUAUUAACAUGUCUAAGUCGAAUUAAAUAUAAUUAUAGAUAUAAAUAUUUAUUUACUCAUUUAAAAAAUAAAAUUAUAAAAAAUUUAUAUUCUUUUACACCUUUACAAUUAACAAAUAUAAUUUAUUAUUCUUCUUUUUUAGAUUUAUAUGAUCAUAAAUAUUAUUAUUUAUUAGUUCAGCAAAUUUAUCAAAUUAGAAAAUUAUUAUAUUUAGAAAAUUUAACUACAAUUUUGUAUGCAUUAAAAAAUGUAUCUUAUUUGAAUCUACAUAAUAUUCAUGUUUUUAAUUUAAUAUCUUAUAUUUUUGAUCAAAUAAAAAUAAAAUAUAAAUUAUUGACGGGAGAAGAUUGUCUUAAUAUAAUGCUUAUUAUGAACGAUUUGGAAAAAUACACAACUCAAGGCUAUCUCACUUUUUCUCCCCACAAUAGUUCUGCAAACAUGACUAAUAAUGCUAAUAUCCAAAAUCAAGAAGGUGAUAUUUUAUUAUCAAACUCAUUUUAUGACAAUAAUAAAACUUGUGAAAAAAAUUAUAUUGAUAUAUUUGAAGAAGGAGUAAGCUUAGAAGAAUUACACCUUGAUAGAGAAGAAAUUUAUUUUCCUAAUAUUAAUGAUUUAUUAUAUGAACAAAUAAAAAUAAGGCUUAACAAUUUUUGGCAAUUAAAUAUAAAAGAUGUUAAUAAUUUAUUAAUAAUUAUGAAAAAUGUUAAUACAUAUGACCCUGUAAUAAUAAAUAUGAUAAUGAGACAAAUUAUUCCUAUUUUAUUAAAAUGUUCAAAUAUUGAGUUCUUAAUUUUUUUAAGUAAUAUAACAGCAAAUACUAAUCUCAAAUUCAUUGCCUUAACACAUAUGUCUAGAAGACCAAAACUUUUACAAGUUUUUAAAAAAAAAAUUAAUUCCAUAACAAGUACUAUAUUGAACAAUUAUGAAGAACCUGAUUAUUCAUAUCAAAAUGAAUUUAAUAUGACUUUUUCAAAUAUUUUAGAGGAAAAGAAACGGGACUUGAUAAAUAAUGAUACAGUAUUUUCAAAAAUUGAGAAAAAAUCGGAUAAAGAUAUUGCACCAUAUAUUGUGGAUAAAAAAACAACGAAUAAUGAUGUAUCAAUUACAAGUAAUAUUUCUGAAAAUGCAGAAAAACGAAUCACAAAAAAUGAUGAUGAUAAUAUCGAAAUAAAUGAUAUGUAUAAUAGCUUAAGCAAAAAAAAAAACAAUGUCGACCUAAAUAGUUGUAUAGCACUUUGUUAUGCAUGUUUUAAUAUACAUUAUGAAGAUGACAAUAUUUUAAAAAUGUAUGAUGCUAUAGAACACAUGAUAACUGUAGAAAAAAAAACAAUUAGUUCUUUUAUGUUGAUAAAUUUUUUAUAUAUACUAACAUUGACGAAUAAUAAAUUAAAUACAGUUAUAAAGUUAUCACAAGAGUAUAUGGACAAUAGAUAUGGUUAUAAUAUAGAAAAAAAAAAAAAAAUAAAUAAUAAUAAUGAUAAUAAUAAUGAUAAUAAUAAUAAUAAUAAUAAUAAUAAUACUAAUUUAAAAUAUCAAGCACAAGCAAAUACUACAAUAAAUGGGAAUGACAAAAUAAUGAGUGAACAUACAGAUAAAGAUAAAAAUGAUCAAAAUUUGAAAUCAUUAACAAGCUUUAAUUUAAUUUAUGAAGAAAAUGAUGGAUUGUCUAAUUAUAUAGAGAUUGGAAAUGAACAAACGUCAUUAAUAUUGUUAAAACUAUUAUAUAUAAAUAUUAUACUAAAUAAAUAUAAUUAUUUAUAUCAUAUAUUAUGUGAAAUUUCAAAAUAUAAUGACAAUUUUUAUAGCUAUGAAUUUAUCAAAAUAUCAAAACAAGUGUGUUAUCAUAUUUAUAAUUUCUCAAAUUUUUUUUCAAAAAAUAAAAGUAUUGAAUAUACAUGGAAUAAAGUAAUAAAUAAUGUAUAUGUAAAUGACGAACAUAUAUUUUUAGAUUUAAAUUAUGAAAAAACAAAUUUUAAUUUUAUUGAUAUAAAAAAAAAUCAUAAUAUUAUUAACAACCUUUUAAAUAAUCCUAAAAUAGACCAAAAUAUAGAUAACAAUAUAACAAUUGCUAAAUAUUUUUAUUACAUUUUAAAUUACAAUCUUAGUGAUAUAAAUAAUGCAACUCCUAUAACUUCAAAAAAGGAUAAAAAAAAAAUCAAAAUGUUUCAUUUUGACAAUGUCAUAUCUGAUAUUCUUAAUUUCCUAAAUGUACAAUACAAAGGGUCAUAUACGUAUGAAAAUAUUUAUCACAUUUGCUGUUCAUUUCCUCAUGAAAGGCAUUUGAUAGAUAUAAUAUAUUAUGAAGAUGUUUUAUACCCUUCGCACAAACCCUUGCUAUCUGUGGAAUUGAGACAAAAACAACUUGCCUUAAAAGGGUGGGCAGUUCAUUCAAUAAACUUCCGAGACAUGUAUAACAGCAUAAAAGAUAAAAAUAUAAUUUGCUAUAUUUUUAAUAUUAUAAAAAAAAUAAAAAAAGAUUUAAAGGAUUUGCCAAAUAAUGUAGAACAAAAGGAGGAAGAAGAAUUUUGGCAAAACUUAAAAUAUGCUAACAUUUGA